AUGGCUGAAGGUAUAACUUUGUUGGCCAGCAAGCAAGUGUGCAUAAUGCAGCCUUGUCAGACCAGGCCAGCACCAGCUGAAACGGUUCCUGAUUGGAUGAAUUUCCGAUUGGCAUCGAGGGUGAUGGACUUCGCUUUGGGUGUUUACGGCUGGCCGUAUUACAUCUGCACGACGAACUGUUGUUGCGGCUCAGACCGACUGUGCACAUUGAUGCGCAGGCUGCGUUGUUGUUAUACGUGUCGUUGCGAUCGUGUGCUGAUAAUCAAAGACAACUGUUGUCUGUGUAACACGACCGCACUGUUGCUGCAGACAGCCAUCGACGAAACCGACCUGUUUUACGUCAGUUUUCACGACGAAGUAUGGAAGGCGCCAUUCGUCGCCUGCAUCGACCACAGCAGUCGUAAUAUCAUAGUGGCUAUCCGCGGUUCGAUCGAGGACAGUCUACAGUUUCCGUAUGAAUGGUGCGGCGGCUCUGCAGUGUCUGACAAGGCUGAGGCCGGAGACACGGGCGGCAGCGAGACCGGGGCCAGCCAAGACGUUAGCCGUUACUUCGUGCACAAAGGUUUUCUGCGAACGGCUCGUUACAUCUACACGAAGCUGAAGGACGAGCACAUUCUGGAAGACCUUUUCGUGCUACAGCCUGACUACGACCUGGUGAUCACUGGUCACAGCUUAGGUGCUGGGGUGGCAAGCGUCGUGUCGAUGUUGCUGCGGCCUUUGUACCCUAAAGUGAUGUGUUUCGCAUUCUCACCACCGGGCUGUGUUGUUAGCGAGAACGCAGUACCGUAUACCCGCGAGUUCGUGUUCAGCAUUAUAUGCGGCGAUGACCUCGUCCCUCGAUUGUCGGUUAGUUCGUUGCAGGCAUUGAAGAUGUCCGUGCUGGACGCACUCGAGCAGACCUCAAGACCGAAAUACGAAAUUCUUUUCAAAGGUUGUUUCCGGUACUUCAUUGAGUCGAAGUCGAAUAUUGAGCCAGUGGUCGACGAGGAGGCGGCGGUACACAUCCAGCAACAAUCGCCAACUGACCCGUUGAUAUUGCAAGGAGGCGGUCGGCGAACAUUGACUUACACUGAUGAGCAGCUGAAGUCAUCGUUCGAAAUCGUGCGAAGCACGAAACUGCAAUGUCCAGGUCGAAUUCUUCAUGUUACUCGAGAGAAGGGUGACGGCGAUGAGCCUGUCUACCUGUCGACUUGGUGCGACCAGAGUCGCUUUGAAGGAAUCAAGUUAUCCGGGUCCAUGAUCAAUGAUCAUAUGCCGUAUUUCGUAUCUGAUGUUCUUAAAAGUCUCGCUACGAUACCAUGCAAAUUUUCUUCAGCCUAA